AGAAAUAAUAAUCUAAUAAAAAUAAUGGUUCGUUUUAAAAACAGAUACAUUACUGUAGAAAUAAAUUCUCCAAUGGUACCAGACAGCAAACCUCUUACCUUGAUAUCUAAAUCGUUCCAUGAAACAGUGAUGAACAAGAUUCAACAGCUCUAUGGCGACUUCGGUGUAGCAGCAGUACGGACUGGGUUUUUAACAAAAUAUUGUAAUGAACAUACGCGAAUAGCUAUAUUGCGAUGUCGACAUGGCCCACAUCAAUUUGUCACUAGCUCUUUACCAUUUAUAACAAAAAUAGGUAAACUGGAUGUAAGAUUAAGAACUUUACAUGUCAGCGCUACGUUGAAACACAGUUUUAAAUUUAUACAGAAACAUCAAAGAGCAUAUUUAGACAAAAUGUGGGCUAAUUUAAAAACUAAUGAAGAGAGGAAAAGUUUGGAGGCAGCAGUAAUGGAUUUUACAAAAACAGAUGUUUCAAUAAAUAUAGAACAAAUUGCCUAAAAAAAGUUUUAUUUUUGUAACCAAAACAGUGAAUAGUAGUAAAUGUCAACAAAAUAAAUAUCAUAAAA